AUGAAAACGGCAAAGCCACCAGCGUCAGAGGGCGCGACCGGUUCGAGUCGCAGACAGCCGGUGCGCCAGACGCGAGUCAACCCACCACGCACAUCCUCUCUCAAUCGCGCCAACUCGCUGGCAAACGCCCCUGCAGCGGAACAGCCCAUCGAUAUUCUACCGGGGGUUACCCACUUCACCGAUGCCAUCACCGCCCUUCCGAAAGAACUGGUUCGACACUUUACACUGCUCAAAGAAGUUGACGCUAAGAUUUUCGCGCCCGAAGCCGCACUCCUACAACUCCUCCACAGCGCUGUCAACACUCCUGCCCUAGACCUUGCCAGGCCGCUCAAUGAUGCGUCGAGCAGCGUUGCCUCGGUAUCUGCGCCCAUUAGCGCCCACAACAGCACCACCGAGCCCGCCAACCCCUCGGCACCGUCCUCCGAUGGCGCGGCCAGCAGCGUAUUCGAUCCCGCCAACAUCCCCCGUCGCACCGUCUUCCGCGACACCGCGCUAAAGAUACAAGAAAUGCUAGUAUCUCUAGAAGAAAAGAACCACGUCAUUGCCACUGCCAAUGACGCCCUACAGAAACAACUGUCUCGCAUCGAGGACGUUUGGCCGCACCUCGAGGCCGAGUUCAGCGAGGAAGCAAAAUGGGGCAGUGCUACACACUGGGCAUACGUGGAAAACAGGCAGGCUAAGGCCAACGAUAAGCAGGCAGAGCGGUCGCGUCGCGAAGGUGCUGCUACCCUCUCCGCGGCCGCCCAGGCCCUAGCCGACGACGCCGCUGUUCGUAGUAGCGACAGGAAGCAGGCCAUGGCUGCCAAAAAGAGCGCGAAGAACCAGGCUGCCGAGGGGGACGGCGAGAAGGCACAGGACGUCGGGAAGAAAACGUCAGGGGGCAAGUCGCGAAAACCUCUUCCGGACUCUGGACCAGUUGGCCUCGGCAUUACCCCUGGGCCUCCGGGAACCGCACCCACCACCAAGAGACGCAAGGUGGAAGCAAAACCUAACGGAGGAGCCCCUGCGGAGCGCGCAAUGGGGUCCGUAUUCGGGACGAACGCCACGAAGCAAAGGACCACGAGCCCGAGGGAGACGCCUGCUCCGGAGAGCGGCAACAAGAAACGCAAGGCACUUCCUUCGUCAAGCGGCCAGGCAAAGAAGAGCAGGACGACAGCCGCCAUGUCGCCGUCCGUCACAUCUUCCCCCGUAAUCGGAUCACUCCCGGAUCCCGUCCGGCCUGGGCGCGGCUCACCCGCGCCGUCGAUUACCGCACCCAGGCCUGCCUCCUCUCGGGCGCGCCAGAAUUCUACACAGUUGAACGCCGAGAGCGCGCGGCAUCAUCUCCCGUCAGCGGCAUCGAACAAGCCGAGCGUGAUCCCGCAAGGUACGCCUGAUCCAGGUCAGGCGAGCAACGGGGUGAGGGCAAACACAGAUGCAAAGACCCAAAAGGAGGCCACUGUUCCCAUUAUGAACAAACCAAAUCCGCUAAAGCCAGAAACCGAAGAGCCCCGGCUAGCGCCAGAGCCGGCACAAAACAGUAGUAAGAAGGAGACCGUGGUAAAACCAAGCGACGAGUCCGCCCCACCUACUAAGGAAACGGCGCCCCUCGCCAUCCAACCCGCGUCGGUAGCGAUGGUCAAGACCAAAAGCGGCCGAGCAAGCAAGCCGUCCACGCCGGCCACCGCAACUUUUGCCGAGGCCGCCUCGUCGACAGCCGGCCCCACGACGGCCCGCUCCAGGCCCUCGCGCAACAACAACAAUAAUAAUAACAACAACAACAGCAACGCCGAAAGCACUACCGGCACCGCCGGGACCGGCCCCUCGAGCAACGCAACCGCCGCCGCCGCCCCAGCAACGAAGCGGAGCCACAAGAAGGGCGCUUCCAUCUCCGCCACGGCCGCAGCGCACGCCCAACAAGCCGCCGCCGCCGCCGCCUCAACCACCACCGGCCCAGCCACCUCCACCAAGGAGAAAGAAAAGGACAAGGACAAAGACAAGGACUCGGCGCCAGCCGGCAACAGCGUCAGCGUCGCCGGCGGCGGCGGCAGCGGUGGCAGCGGAGGCGGAGGCACCCACAAAAGGGACGGCGGCAAGGCACCAACAGCAGCGGCUAACGCCAAGAGUGCCACCACCACCACCACCACUGCCGGCGGCGCCGCUGCUGCCGUUAACGACGACGACGACGAGGAAGAGCAGGAGGUGGCGGACGAGGACCUCUAUUGCUACUGCAACCAGGUCAGCUACGGGGAGAUGGUGGCGUGCGACGGCGACGGGUGCCCGCGCGAGUGGUUCCACCUCGAGUGUGUGGGGCUCAAGGUCGCGCCGAAGGGGAAUGCGAAAUGGUACUGCGAGGAUUGCAAGAAGCGGCUGAAGAUCCCCGACCGGAGGUGA